AUGGAUUCAUCCCGGCUACCUCACUUAGCGGAAGAGACAAUGCCGCCAAAAAUCGUCGGCUACGACGCGGAGGAAGAUACCUAUAUAGGCGACUUCUUCGGGAGCCGGGAUAGGAACAUGGCACCGGAAGUGUCCUCAGUGGAAGUUCUGACAACGGAGGCCGAUGAGUUGGAGAAACUGGUGGCGCCCCAAGCGGCGCCCCGCCGCUACGACAUCGUAUACAGGAACAUCCUCACGUUCGGCUACGGGCACGCCGCCGCGCUCUACGGCUUCUACCUGGCCUGCACGACAGCUACGUGGUCUACGAUUAUCUUCAGUUAUAUUCUUUUCGUGUUCGCCGCGAUCGGUGUGACGGCAGGCGCGCACAGAUUGUGGACACACAAAACCUACAAGGCGAAGAUGCCGCUGCAGAUAAUACUGGUGGUGAUGAACUCGCUCGCCUUCCAGAACACGGCCAUUGACUGGGUGCGCGACCACAGGAUGCAUCACAGAUAUAGCGACACGGACGCCGACCCGCACAACGCCACCCGCGGCUUCUUCUACUCCCACAUGGGCUGGCUGCUGGUGAGGAAGCACGAGCAGGUGAAGAGGCGCGGCAAGUACAUCGACAUGAGCGACAUCUACGCGAACCCGGUGCUCCGCUUCCAGAAAAAGUACGCGGUGCCCUUCAUCGGCACGAUAUGCUUCGGCCUGCCGACCCUGAUCCCGAUGUACGUCUUCGGGGAGACGCUCAACACCGCGUGGCACAUCGCGCUGUUCCGCUACGUCAUGAACCUCCACAUCACUUUCUUCGUGAACAGCGCCGCCCACCUUUGGGGCAACAAGCCGUACGAGAGGUCCAUAAAGCCCGUCCAGAGCAUACCGGUCUCGUUCAUAGCGUUCGGCGAGGGCUUCCACAACUACCACCACGUGUUCCCGUGGGACUACCGCACUGCGGAGCUCGGGAACAACUGGCUGAACCUCACCACCGGCUUCAUAGACUUCUUCGCGUGGGUCGGAUGGGCUUACGACAUGAAGACGGUGCCGGACGAACUGGUGAGGGCGAGGGCGGGCAGGACGGGCGACGGUACGGACCUGUGGGGGAUGGGGACGAAGCGCGAGGAG